ACCGUUGGAUUCCAAAAAAUCUUAGUGACUCUUCAAGAUUGAACCAGAGCCACAAUUGUCCCAAAGAAAUGGCAAUACAAAUGCAUAUACAAAACAUACAAAGUUUUCAACUCAGCCUUAAAACUACAUUGCCAUUUCUCCCAAUAAUCACCAACAAACUCUUCAAAUUGGAAAAAAUGGCAACCGUGACAACACAAGCUUCCGCCGCCAUUUUCCGGCCGUGUGCUUCAAGAACCAGGUUCCUUACUGGAUCAUCUGGAAAGUUAAACAGGGAGGUCUCUUUUAGACCUUCAACUUUUUCGUCUUACAACUCAUUCAAGGUUGAAGCUAAGAAAGGUCAAUGGCUUCCUGGCUUAGCCUCUCCUGAUUAUCUUGAUGGCAGUCUCCCAGGAGACAAUGGUUUUGAUCCAUUGGGACUUGCGGAGGACCCAGAGAACUUGAAAUGGUUCAUCCAGGCUGAACUGGUGAAUGGUCGUUGGGCUAUGUUGGGUGUUGCAGGGAUGCUGUUGCCUGAAGUUUUCACUAGCAUUGGGAUACUUAAUGUGCCCAAAUGGUACGAUGCUGGAAAAUCAGAGUACUUUGCAUCAUCAUCCACCCUGUUUGUGAUCGAGUUCAUCUUGUUCCACUACGUCGAGAUCAGAAGGUGGCAAGACAUUAAGAACCCAGGAAGUGUCAACCAAGACCCUAUCUUCAAGAACUACAGCUUGCCUCCUAAUAAAUGUGGAUACCCUGGUGGUAUUUUCAACCCACUCAACUUUGCACCAACUGAAGAGGCCAAGGAGAAGGAACUUGCUAAUGGGAGAUUGGCUAUGUUGGCAUUUUUGGGAUUUAUAGUGCAGCACAAUGUGACUGGGAAGGGACCUUUUGACAACCUUCUGCAGCACCUCUCUGACCCAUGGCACAACACCAUCAUCCAAACACUCAGCAACUAGAAAACCAUCAUCAGAAACUUAAUUGAAUAUAUAUUGUUACCUUGUAACCAUGUUAUGAAUUUUGAUCAAGAAUAGAGCUUUGUGGUAAAACAAGGAACCUUCCUUUAAUGUACAGCGUUUCUUAUUCGUGUUAUUCCUACUAGAUCAUCAAAAGAAUGU